AUCCACGGACGGUUCAGCCUUAAAGGGAGAUUCAUCGUGAUAAUGUGAACGCGUCGUAACGCGUGCACCAAGAAAGCCGCCGUCGAACGUCGUGUUAAAAGCUCAUUAAAAUACAGAGUUCCACGUUCGAAUAGAAAAAAUGGAAACAAUGUCGAAUCCGUACCCGAGAAAAAUGCACGACACUUACGAGGACGAGGAGGAGAGGAAGCACUUUCAACGGAUCGUCUCGGCUUUCAAAUAUUACAAAACUCAUUCGUUAUUGAGGGUAAAAAAGACGGAGUCAUAUUUGCUGACACUUCCACCUCAUCACCAGAAACUUCUGUCAAAGUACAGAGAACAUCUGCAGGAAGUUAAACGAUGUAUUGAGAAUAAUGAUGAAAUAAUCAAACUAAUUAUAAAGGAUGUAGCUCAUAUUUUUGAAAAUGUGAGCCCAGCUAGUGCACAGACUGACAGUACACUAAAUCCUCGUCCAGUAAUGGCUGAUCAGGAAAAGGUGCAAGCUACGAUUAAACAACUGGUCCGCGAUUGGAGCGUCGAAGGAACUGACGAACGCAAUGCAUGUUAUCAACCUAUUAUAGAUGAAAUAUUGAAUCAGUUCCCUUUAGAAUAUUGUACACCAUCCGAAGUGCAGAUUCUAGUACCUGGAGCAGGAUUAGGAAGACUUGCUUAUGAAAUUGCGAGACGGGGAUACACCUGUCAGGGAAAUGAAUUUUCCCUCUUCAUGCUCUUUGCAUCACAUUUUGUACUAAACAAAUGCAGAGGAGUGAAUUCAUAUCAGGUGCAUCCGUGGGUGCAUCAGUACAUGAACAAUUUAAAACCAGAGCAUCAAACCCAGGCUGUAUUUUUUCCCGAUGUGAAUCCCAGUGAUCUCCCGGAGAAUGCGCAAUUUUCUAUGACAGCUGGAGAUUUUUUGGAGGUUUAUACAGAAGACAAUCAUUGGGACUGUGUUGCGACAUGUUUUUUUAUAGAUUGUGCAAACAACGUUGUGCAAUUCAUCGAAACGAUCUAUAAGAUUCUAAAACCGGGAGGCGUAUGGAUAAAUCUUGGACCAUUAUUGUACCAUUUUAGCGAUAUGCCAAUGGAAGACUCGAUAGAACCAAGUUACGAUGUUGUUCGAGAUGUGAUCCAGGGAUUUGGUUUUCAAUUGGAGAAGGAAGAGACACGCGUGAGAACACGCUACGCACAGAAUGUCAACAGUAUGUUACAAUGUGAAUACAAUAGCGUAUAUUUUGUUUGUCGAAAGCCUAAAAGACGCAUAGACAACGAAGUGAGUCAUCGAAACGGUUCCGAAUCUAACGGGAUGCAGGAGCAAGAAAAUUAAUUAUUGACGACCUGAUGUGUUUCACUCAAACCAGUGAUGCCUUAUCAAGUUUUGUCUGAAAUUGACGUAUAUUAGUACUGCAAAGAAGAUGCAAUUUCGAAAUCCGUGUUUUUCAUUUCGAUGUUCAAUUUUUUUUUCGCUGUUUUCAUUUCCAUUGUGUAUUUUCCGAAGACUAAAAACAGUCGCACAAACUCAUUAUCCGU